AUGGUGAUCGGUAUGAUGGCGAUCGAAAUGGCUGGUGCAGUGUAUUGUCCAUUGUCUCCUGAAGAGCCUGUUAGACGUUUGCAGUCUCUGGUGGAAGAAACCCGUAGUCGUCUUGUAGUCAUACAUAACUUGACACGCGAUAAAUUCAAUGCCUGUGUUUCUACUGUGCUUAUCGACGCAUCGAUGUCUACAGAAAACAUGCUGAAUGCCAAUGAGCUUGAUCGCCUCUCAAACGUUUUUCUGAGCGGUGAUAACAUAUCGUAUGUUAUCUUCACAAGUGGAUCAACGGGUACACCAAAAGCCAUUCAAGUGCGUCAUCGAAAUUUAACGGAGGCGAUUCGCUCACAGGUAGAGCUGAACACGCUCAGCAAAAGUGAUACCUUGUUACAAAUGGCUCGAUGCUCGUUCGACGUGCAUGUUGGCGACGUAAUCGGAACGUUGAUAGUCGGCGCAACUCUUGUAAUGCUCCACCCAGAUGGUCACAUCGAUUUUGAAUACCUGAGUCAAGUGUUAAUAGACCACCAGAUUACAUAUAUGGAAGCUGUGCCUACUUUACUGACAAGUUUCUUCCACUAUUUAGAAGAUAACAUGUGCAACUCUGCCAGAAGAUUCUUAAGAUCUCUGUGCUCCGGCGGCGAGCCUAUAUUUCCUCAGUUGAUCAAAUUACUCCGAAGGAACGUUCAAACAACGUGUCGUAUUUGGAACUCGUACGGUCCCGCAGAAGCAACCAUCAAUUGUACCUUUCACCUGCUCGAUUGCGAGGAUGAGCAAAGCACUGUUCCAAUCGGCAGACUACUACCUGGCUAUCGGUGUGUUGUUAUCGAUCAGUUCUUAGAACCCGUCUUCCUUGGACAAGAAGGCGAACUUGUGGUAGGUGGCAUUGGUGUGUUCGCUGGCUACCUGGGAAGCGACAACUUGACGAAGCAUGCUCUCAUAGACAUCGACGGCGAAUUGUUCUACCGAACAGGCGAUCUUGUUCGGUUAAGUAGUAGUGGUGUACUUAACUUUGUUGGUCGUAAAGACUAUCAAAUUAAAUUGCGAGGGCAACGAGUCGAACUCGGGGAAAUCGAACGCUGCUUACUAGAGUCUUCCCCGUUUGUUUCAUCUACUGCCGUCGUUAAGUACGACGAUCAUCAUUUGGUUGCUUAUAUCCAAAGUAAUAAUAUUGAAGAAAACGAACUAGCUAAAUAUUGUCGAUCACAUCUACCGUCCUACAUGGUCCCGUCGGCGUUCGUCGUGCUCAAACAAUUUCCGUUAAAUGCAAAUGGCAAGCUCGAUAGGAAACUUUUGCCGAAGCCCAGCUUUUCCGGCUUAUCGACUGUCAACCAUCUAUUUCAAAACCAUAAGCCCAACUUAGAGCCCAACAGCGAACUAGAAAUGCGCCUUCAUUCACUUUGGUGCGAAGCUCUACAAUCAAAUCACAUUUCUACUAGCGAUAGUAUUUUCACCAUCGGCGGACACUCUCUCACUCUCAUUCACCUCUACGCCCGCUAUAAGAAAAUCUUUGGCUUCAAUACACGCCAUAUUACUAUCGGCCAGAUAUUUCAACAUCCAACAAUAUCCGACCACGCUUAUCUCAUCAAACAGGCGCUAAGUGCCGAGCAACAUCAGGAAGAAUGCUGGCCAUCACUACACAUCGAUCAAGGUCAAGUGUCGUUUGCUCAAGAACGCAUCUUUCUCGAUGAACGAAUUCGCUUCAGCUCACAAGGCAAUCGAGAUGUACUUUCCACGAAGGUUGUUGAUCUGCUUACCACAUAUGUUGUCAACGAUUGUCGGAUCUGGAAUGUAUACGGACCAGCUGAGACAACACUUGCUUCUCACUACUACCUCGUCGAUCCGACGAUUCAAACAAAGAGCAUUCCACUCGGUCGACCACUUCCUAACUAUCCAUGCCUGAUUUUCGAUGAGUUUCUACAGCCUGUUCCUGUUGGACAACAAGGUGAACUGCUCAUCGGUGGCGACGGAGUCUUUGCGGGCUAUCUCGGACGCGAAGACCUGACGCAAAAGGCGCUCAUUGAGAUCGACGGACAGCUCUUCUAUCGAACAGGCGACCUCGUUCGGCUGGACACCGAUGGCAAUCUCCACUCCAUCGGUCGCAAAGAUUAUCAAGUGAAACUACGCGGACAACGAAUCGAACUCGGCGAAAUCGAACAAUGUUUACUCAGUUCGUCGUCACAUAUGUCUGCAUGUGCGGUGAUCAAGUGGGGCGAUGAUCAUUUGGUCGCCUACGUCCAAGGAUCUCAUGUUGACGAAGCACAGUUACAUCUAUACUGCCACUCUCACUUACCACAGUUCAUGAUCCCAUCGAUGUUCAUCGUCCUCGACCAGUUUCCACUGAACUCGAAUGGAAAACUAGAUCGAAAACGUCUUCCCACACCCGACUUUUCUUCGGCAUAUAAUCGAACAGCUGAUGCUCCUCAAAGUCCACUACAGAAACAAGUACACGCCUUGUGGUGUCAAAUACUACAACGUGACAGCGACCAGAUAUCGACCACAGCGAGCUUCUUCAGCAUUGGCGGUCACUCUCUCCUUCUCAUGCAACUCUACCAUCGCUAUGUGACAGUGUUCGAGUUAGACUCAAAUACUCUUACCAUCGGACAGCUUUUCCAGCAUUCGACGAUCAUGGAUCAUGCUCGCUUUAUCCAACUUGCUCUCCAUAGCCCUAAACACGGCAACGAAUCUUGGGUGUCGCUCGAUCUCAACGAAGGUAAAACAGAAUUUCAUGGAAGAAUGCAACACU